AUGACGGACACCGUGUUGAGCAGCAGCUCAAGCCGCUGGAUGUGUCCCAGUGACCGACCUCUUCAAUCAAAUGAUAAAGAACAGCUCCAGACAGGCUGGUCCGUCCACCCCAGCGGCCAGCCCGACAGACAGAGGAAGCAGGAAGAGCUGACAGAUGAGGAGAAGGAGAUCAUCAACAGGGUGAUCGCUCGCGCCGAGAAGAUGGAAGAGAUGGAGCAGGAGCGGAUCGGGCGCCUGGUGGACCGUCUGGAGAACAUGAGGAAGAAUGUGGCUGGGGACGGGGUGAACCGCUGCAUACUGUGUGGAGAACAGCUGGGGAUGCUGGGCUCUGCCUGCGUAGUGUGUGAGGACUGCAAGAAGAAUGUCUGCACCAAGUGUGGGGUGGAGACCUCCAACAACCGCCCGCAUUCCGUGUGGCUCUGCAAAAUCUGCAUCGAGCAGAGAGAGGUGUGGAAGCGUUCUGGGGCGUGGUUCUUCAAGGGCUUCCCCAAACAGGUCCUCCCACAGCCUAUGCCUAUAAAGAAGACCAAGCCCCAGCAGCCCGUCAGCGAGCCCGCCGCUCCUGAGCAGCCUGUCCCCGAGCCCAAGCACACAGCCCGCGCUCCAACGCGAGGUGACACUGAAGACAGGAAGGGCCCAGGCCAGAAGACAGGCCCCGACCUGGCCUCGGCUCCUGGGCGAGGAAGCUAUGGGCCUCCCGUGCGCAGGGCCUCCGAGGCGCGAAUGAGCUCUUCUAGCCGCGACUCAGAGAGCUGGGACCAGGGCCACGGCGGGGCUGCCGGUGACUCCAGCCGGAGCCCAGCAGGUUUGAGACGGGCCAACUCAGUCCAGGCCUCCAGACCUGCCCCCGCCUCGACGCAGAGCCCAGCGCCCCCUCAGCCUGGGCAGCCAGGGCCCCCAGGAGGCAGCAGACCCAGCCCUGGGCCAGCAGGACGUCUUCCCGACCAGAGACCAGAGGUGGCUCCGAGCGACCCCGGCUAUCCCGGGGCCCCUGCCCCACCCCGGGAGGAGAGGACGGGGGCAGCUGGCGGCUACCCUGCAGUUGCAACCAGGGAGGACCGGACGGGCCACCCACCGGGCACCUAUUCCCAAGCGUCUGCCGCUGUCGUCCAGCCCGCCGCAUCCCCUGCCCGCCAGCCCCCAGCCCCGGAGGAGGAGGAGGAAGAAGCCGACAGCUACGAUUCGGAUGAAGCAACCACCCUGGGUGCCCUGGAGUUCAGCCUUCUCUAUGACCAGGACAACAGCUCCCUGCACUGCACCAUCAUAAAGGCCAAGGGACUGAAGCCUAUGGAUUCCAACGGCUUGGCCGAUCCCUAUGUCAAGCUGCACCUCCUCCCGGGAGCCAGCAAGUCCAACAAGCUUCGUACGAAAACCCUGCGGAACACCCGGAACCCUGUCUGGAAUGAGACUCUCGUCUAUCACGGCAUCACGGAUGAGGACAUGCAGAGGAAGACACUUAGGAUCUCUGUUUGUGAUGAGGACAAAUUUGGCCAUAAUGAGUUUAUUGGUGAGACCAGAUUCUCGCUCAAGAAACUGAAGCCCAACCAGAGGAAGAAUUUCAACAUCUGUCUGGAGCGAGUGAUCCCGAUGAAGCGUGCUGGGACCACCGGGGCAGCCCGAGGAAUGGCCCUUUAUGAGGAGGAGCAGGUGGAGCGUAUUGGUGACAUAGAGGAACGCGGCAAGAUCCUGGUGUCCCUUAUGUACAGCACCCAGCAGGGAGGCCUCAUCGUGGGCAUCAUACGCUGUGUGCACCUGGCCGCCAUGGACGCCAAUGGCUACUCAGAUCCAUUCGUCAAGCUCUGGCUGAAACCAGACAUGGGAAAGAAGGCCAAACACAAGACUCAAAUUAAGAAGAAAACCUUGAAUCCUGAAUUUAACGAGGAGUUUUUCUAUGACAUCAAACAUAGUGACCUGGCGAAGAAGUCACUGGACAUCUCGGUCUGGGACUAUGACAUCGGCAAGUCCAACGAUUACAUCGGGGGCUGCCAGCUGGGGAUCUCAGCGAAGGGAGAGCGCUUAAAACACUGGUACGAGUGUCUGAAAAACAAGGACAAGAAGAUCGAGCGCUGGCACCAGCUGCAGAACGAGAACCACGUGUCGAGCGAUUAG